UUGCGCGAGGCGCGUCUUUGUGGCGCGGUUUCCGGGCGGCCCUUUUCCUGUGCAUGCGGCGCUGUGUCCCGAGUUGUAGACAGCAAUGGCCCCGCGCGUCUGGCGUCGACGGACCUUGGAGCGGUGUCUGAAGGAGGUUGAUAAAGCCACCGGCCAGCCAGAGUGCUUUCUCACGAUUCAAGAUGAAUUGGCAUCAAACUUCACUUCAUUAACAAAAGUACUUUAUGAUUUUAAUAAAAUAUUAGAGAAUGACAGGAUCCACGGAAGUCCGUUAAAAAAACUGGUGAUAGACAAUUUUGAUGAUGAGCAGAUUUGGCAACAACUAGAAUUGCAAAAUGAACCAAUUUUACAGUACUUCCAGAAUGCAGUUAGUAAAACCAUUAAAGACAAAGACAUCAGUCUUCUUCCAGAGAAUGAAGAGCAGGAGUGUGAAGAGGAUGGCUCAGAGGUGGAGUCUGAUGGCCAGGAGGCCCUCAUACAAGAUCUGGAGGAGGAGGAAGUGGCUGACCUGAGUGGUGAUGAUUCUAAAGUGGAUGAGAGAGCUAAAAACUUGAGCAAAGUUGAUCUGAGGAAAAGUCCAGUUUUCAGUGAUGAGGAUUCUGAUCUUGAUUUUGAUAUCAGCAAAUUGGAGCAACAGAGCAAGGUGCAAGACAAAGUGCCUAGGAAACCAAGAGAGAAGUCCAUAGUAGAUGAUAAAUUUUUCAAACUGUCUGAAAUGGAGACCUUUUUAGAAAACAUGGAAAAGGAAGAAGAACAAAAAGAUGAUGAGGAAGAGGAAGACAUUGAUUUUUUUGAAGACGUUGAUUCUGAUGAAGAUGAGGGAGAACUGCUUAGAAGUCAAAAACCUAAGUCAGGUAAAAGUUCCAGAAACUUGAAAUACAAAGACUUCUUUGAUCCAGUUGAAAGUGAUGAAGAACUAGCAAGUGUUCAUGAUGAUGAACUGGGUUCAAAUGAAGAUGAGGAAGAAAUUGCUGACGAAGAAGGAGAAGGGAGCAUUUCUGAAACUGAUGAAGAUAAUGACCUUGAAGAGAGUGAAGACAGUAAACAACAUAAAGAAACCUCGAAAAGAGUGACCUUUGCUUUGCCAGAUGAUGAGGAAAGUGAGGAUACAAAUAUCUUAAAUGUACAGAAAGAUUCUGAUGAAGUUAAAUCCUCUUUUGAAAAAAGACAGGAAAAGGUAAGAAUUGGGAAUUUAAGGAAAUUUUUAUAUGUUUACCAGAACUGUGCAACUCACAGAUAACUAAUCUACUCUUUUUCUUGGUGGAAUGCUUAC